AUGGAAGACAAACCGCUGGUGGUCUCAAAACAGAGGAGCGAGGUGCUGUGUGGUGUCCCCACACAGGUGGUAUGCACGGCCUUCAGCAGCCACAUCCUCGUGGUGGUGACCCAGUUUGGGAAGAUGGGGACCCUGGUCUCCCUGGAGCCCAACGAAGUGGCCAGUGACAUCAGCAAACCAAUGCUCACCACCAAAGUGCUCCUCGGGCAGGAUGAGCCUCUCAUCCAUGUCUUUGCGAAGCACCUGGUGGCGUUCGUGUCUCAAGAAGCUGGGAACAAAGCGGUCCUCCUGGCCGUGGCUGUGAAGGACAGGAGCAUGGAGCGGGUGAAGGCCUUGCGGGAGGUAAUUCGGACGUGCCAAGUGUGGUGA